AUGAAGCCUUCUGUGAAAAAAAAGAGGAGGGAAAUUGCAUAUGACAGUUGUGUAGAAUUUGAAAGUUUAUAUAAAAAAAAAAAAAAUUAUAAAAAAAAAUAUUCUAUAUAUAGGGAAAAAAAUUACAGUGAUACAGAAGUAUAUAAUAAAAGAAGAUUUAAAAUAAAAAAAAUAAUUGGAUAUAUAUAUAUACAUAAACAUUAUAAUACAGAAAAUGAUAAACCUGAAAAAAAUUUGUGUCUCCUUGAUGAUGUAAUUGUAUAUAAAAAUUAUUUUCACAAAUCUGAUGAAGAAGAUAGUGAAAAAUUAAAAAUUUUUAAAAACAUUUUAAAAAUAUAUGAAAAUGUAACAAGUAGUGAAAAAAAAAAGUUAUAUCAAAUAAUAAAAUCUUUUUCAUAUACACAAGAUGGAUUUCAAAAUAAUCAAAUACGACAAAAAAUAUGGUUACUAUUACUUGGGUUUAAUAUUAACUUAUCAAAAAAUAGAGAAUAUAAUGAACAUCCUAUAAAUAUAUUAUGUAAAAAAUAUAGGAAUACAUCUAUAUAUAAUAAUCUUUCUAAUCAUUUUAAAUUUGUAUGGGAUAAAUCAUUAAAAAGUGCCACUUCUGGUGAUAAUAGCCUUGAAGAGUCGCAAAACAUUAAUUCUAAUUCAAUCUCAAAUUUUGAAAACUCAAAAAAUUCAAUAAAAAAUGUUAAUUAUGAUACACAUCAAAAUGAACAAUCGGAAGUAUUAACUAGUACAUUUAGUAAGGAUAAACAAACUAAUGCAAUAAGAAAUGGUGUAGAAAAUGAAGUGGAAUCGGCUAGUGAAAUAAAAAGAAGUGUUAGUUACGAUUUUCCAUCUAUGUGCUUGCGAAAGAGAAAGAAAAAAUGCAUAUUUGCAAGCAACAAUAUGAUUAAUGCUUUUUCAUCAGAUAAAAAAAAUAAGAAUGAAAAUUUGAAUAACAUAAAAAAAAAAAGAAAAAAAGACCCUAAUGAAAUAUCAGAUAAAAGAAAACGUACAAAUUUAUUUUUAAAUGAAAAAAAAUAUAAUAGAAAUUCUUUGUAUAAAUAUAUUUCACCAAAAAUAGAUACCGAAGUUAGUUGUUCUCAUCACUUAUCUAAUUUAGAUGAAUACUCAUCAGAAGAACAUCAAAAUAAAAGAUUUUCUGAACAUUCAGAUUAUUCAAAUAUUUCGAUGAAUUCUAUAGAAAAUAAAAGUAGUACAUCAUCGACAUUAUUAUCACCUACUGAUUAUUGUUAUAAAAAUGAAAGUGGUGAUAUGUCAAAUAGUUUAAAUAAAAAUGAUAGAGAAAAGAAAUGUCCUCUUCAAUUUUUUUCAUCACCAAAAUCAUUUGAUUAUGAAUGUUUGAUGAAAAAAAUUCGUAAAAGAAAAGGAAUAAGUAAUAAAUAUUCUAAAAUUAUAAAAUUAUAUUUUGAAAAAAAAUUAAAUAAAGUUAAAAAAAAAAAGAUAAAAUGUCCAUUUGGUAAUAUUAAUAAAAAAACAAAAAGAUUUAUUCAAAAAAAUUCAAAACAAGUUGUAAAUUUAUUAUUAAAUUUUGAAGAAAGAAAUAAAAAUGAUAAUUAUGAUAAAAAAAGUAAUAAAAAAUUUAUAAUUAAAUUAUUAAAGAUAAUAUAUGGAAAUAUAUUACAAGUAGAUAUAUAUAUAGUUGAUCAUAUAAUUAAUAAAUAUAAACCUAGUGACAUAAAAAAUGAUACAAAUAUAAAUCCAACAUCGAUGUAUUUACAAAAUAGUAUAAAAUAUAAUUAUGAUUUAAAUAGUAACUUAAAUAAAUGGCUAAUUGAUAGUGUAUUAUUAGAAGAAAAUGAAAGAGUACAAGUUAAGAAGGAUGUAAAACGAAGCGUAAAUACAUGGGAUAUACAUAAAAAUAUUAUAUAUGAAAUUAAAAAAAAAUAUCAAUAUAUUUUAAAAAAUAUUAUCUGUAGUAUUUUAUAUAAGCAUUCUAAUAAAAUAUACUAUGCUCAAGGGGUUCAUGAUGUUUGUCUAGUUUUUAUAACUGUCUAUUUCCAUAAAUUUUUUAUUAAAUAUCAGAAAUAUGUUUUCCUAGAGCAUUUUAUAUACAAAUAUGCUAUAAAUAAAAUAUGUAGAAAUAUUUUUGAAAAAAAAUACAACCAAACUAAGGUACCAUUACAUAAACAGAAUGAUUAUAUGACACAGACAAAUAAAAAUAACACUACUGUUAAUUUUAUUCAUCCAUUUUCAGCAUGUUGCCAAUUUAAUCCACCGUCUGAAGAAUACACACAUUAUCAAACGGGCCUUGACGACCCAACUAGUUCAAAUUUAUAUAAAGUUAAAAAAAAUAAAUUAAUCAAUUUACAUAGUGAAAAUAACGGAGCUACUAAUGUAAAUAUUGGUAAGCGUAAAAAACAAAAGGAAGAUGAUGAAUAUGAUAUUCUUCAAAAUAAUAUUAGUGAUAUGUUUUUAGUAGAAGAAGAAUUUAUUGAAAAAAUAUGUAUACUUAAUAAUAUUAAAAUCGAAAAAUAUAUAAAAUAUAAAAAAAAAAAAAAAAAAAAAGAAUAUAUAGUUUACUUGCUUUGUGAAAGAUUUCUUUUAUUCUACAUGAUAGAUUAUUUAACACUGUCUUUGGAUGUUUCAAUUAAAAAUACAUUCAAAGGUGUUGGCUUAUUAUUAAGAUAUUUAGAUCCCGAAGUAUAUAAUGUUUUUUGCAUAUUACAAAAUGAGCAAGAGUAUGAAAUUAAAAAGCAUAACAGUCAUUUUAAUUCAAACAAAAAUAAUAAUAAUCAACAAAAAACAUUACAAAAUAAAAAUGAUGAGAAAGAUGAAGAUAGUAAUACAAAAAAAAAGAAAAAUUCGUUACAACUUAGUGGAACAGAAUUUUUUUUUUGUUUAAGUUGGGUUGUUACAUAUUAUGCACAUGUCUUUACCGAAUUUGAUAAGCUAGCUAGACUAUUUGAUAUAUUAUUAUCAAAUGAUGGUGUUUUUAUUAUUUAUUUUACAAGUUCAAUUAUUUUACAUAAAAAAAAAGAACUAUUAGAAAUAGUUGAAAAGAAAAAAAAAUAUUUAUUAUAUAAUAGUAUGUAUACAGAAAUACAUUAUAUUUUUCAAAAUUUAAAUUGGAAAGAAAUAAAUGUUGAAAAUAUUAUUAACAAGACAUAUUAUUAUAUGACCCAUAAAAUACCUUUUGAUAAAUUUUUAAAAGAUAUAAAAAAAAAAAUAUCAUUUCCACCAUUUUCUCCAAUAUAUAGUUCACCAUUUAUUUUAUAUUAUUAUAAUUAUCAAUCUAAACAAAAAGAAAAAAAAAAUAAAAAAAUCCAAAGAUCUUUAAUAAAUUUUUACAACUAUAGUCAUGGUGAAAAAUCAAAUAAGGACCUCGAAAAAAGUAGCAUUGAAACAGAUGAAUCAGAAAAUAGUAACACAAUUGACCAAACUCAAAGUAUUGAUUCAAAUACUAAUAUGAAUAUAAGUGAUGAUACCGAUGAUUUAAAAAUAGCCAAAAUGAAAUCAAAGUCAUUUAAUAAAAAAAGUAGCUAUGAGGGAAAAUGUCCAUUUGAGGAUAAAGAAAAAUACCAAACUGGAAAUGAAGAAAAAUCAAAUGAAAUUCCUAAAAUGAAUUUAAAAGAAGAUAAGAAUUGUGAUAUAAUAAAUGUAAAUAAACAAAAUGAACAAAUAAAAAACAAAAGAAAGGGGAAAUAUAAAAAUAGUAAACACCACAACAAAAAGGGAAAUGUCUAUUUAUAUUAUCCAUACUAUAUUUUAUAUAAGCAUAUAGAUAUAUAUAAAGAAAUCAUAAAAAAACAUAUACUUGUAGAAAACUUUUUUCAAUAUAUUUACUAUGAAUUUAUUAUAAAUUAUAAAGAAAUAUGUAAAAAAUAUGAUAUAUAUUUAACAGAUCAAUUUUAUGCUAUGCAAUAUAUUAGUAAUAAAAAUGAUGAUUAUAUUAAAGAAAUCAAAAAAAAAAAAAAAAUGGAAAAAAUUAUAUAUAAUAUGACAAAAUGUAUUACUUAUUUGUGUGCAGAUAAAUAUAACCAAAAAGAACGAAAAAAAUUAAAACCAAUUUUUUUUAAUUUUGUAAAAUUAGAUGAAAAUUUUUUGCUUCCUUAUACAAAUUUAUUGGAAACUGAAAAAAAUGAUGAUGCCGAAGCUGAUAUUUUUGAUUAUUUCUCACGAUUUAAUAAUAGCUACUUUUCUUAUUAUAUAAAUAAAUAUAGUAAAAAAUAUACUGGAAAAAAUGAUAAGGAUGAUUAUAUAGGAAUUAUUCCUCCUAUUUAUAAAUACAUUAUUGAAGAUAGUAAAAUAAUGAAGGUUUGGGGUCAUGAAGGAAUAAAAGAUUUUAAAGAUAUUACACACACAAACAAAAAAGGAAAUUUAAGAAAAUCGAAAAAAAAUUUAAAUCAUAUUUAUUAUAUUCUUAAAACCUCAAUUCAUAAUUAUACAUAUUCAAAUUUCUUUUUUAUAUUUUUUUUAAUAUCAGUAUUUUCAUCAUUUUGGUAUUUCCGUAGAUAG